UAGGGAAGAUGCCUCCAAAAACUUCAGGAAAAGCUGCCAAAAAAGCCGGUAAGGCUAAAGCCGUCAGAACUGGCGACAAGAAGAGAAGACGUAAGCGAAAGGAAAGUUACAGCAUCUACAUCUACAAGGUGUUGAAGCAAGUUCACCCAGACACUGGUAUCUCUAGCAGAGCCAUGGGAAUCAUGAACAGCUUCGUCAACGAUAUCUUUGAACGUAUUGCCGGUGAAGCAUCUCGUCUUGCUCACUACAACAAGAAAUCCACCAUCACCAGCAGGGAAGUCCAAACCGCUGUUCGUCUCUUGCUGCCUGGUGAAUUGGCCAAACAUGCCGUAUCUGAAGGCACCAAAGCUGUCACCAAAUACACCAGCUCGAAGUAAACUACUUGAUCUGCAAUCUCAAACCAAACGGCUCUUUUCAGAGCCACCAAAAGUUAAAAAGAGAUUUGUGUGCAUUGUCAAAGUGUGUUGUUUCUAGUCCUAAUAGUAUAGAUAUUCUAAACAUAUGAAAUACCAAUCUGAUAACGAAAUACAUUCGUUAUACACUACAUCAUAAUUUCCUAUGUUCAUAACUAAAAUAUAAGUACACAUUACCUUAAACGCCAAAGCUACUUUUGGUUAAUUUUUGCAGCAUGG